UACCAGUGUUUCCGGUUUAAAAAAUUUCCAAAAAUAUCACAUUUUAUAAAGAUUACUGAAAAUGACAGAUAUAAUAAGAGUAUUAGAACUUUAUAGUGGUAUAGGAGGAAUGCAUUGUGCACUUCAAGAUAGUGGCAUCCAAUAUGAAGUGGUAGCAGCAAUAGAUGUAAAUACAACAGCAAACAAAAUUUACAGACAUAAUUUCAAAGGAACAUACCUUAUAGAAAAUGGCAUAGAGAAACUGACAGUAACACAGAUUGAUCGAAUGAAAAUAGAUAUGAUACUGAUGAGCCCUCCUUGUCAACCAUUCACUAGAGUUGGAAAAAAACUAGAUGUUGAUGAUCUCAGAACAAAAUCAUUUCUUCAUCUCUUAGAUCUGUUGCCUCAACUGACACAUUGUCCAUCUUACAUUCUAGUAGAAAAUGUGAAAGGAUUUGAAGAGUCACAAACUCGAGACUUGCUUAUCAAAGCUUUACAGAAAUGUCAAUUUCAUUUACAGGAGUUCAUGUUGACACCAUUACAAUUUGGAAUACCAAACUCAAGACUGAGGUACUACAUGAUUGCCAAAAGACUUCCAGUCAAUCCAAAUUAUUCAUGGUCAAAUACUGAACAACUUUGUUACUCAGUACCUAGUGUUGUGCAGCCUUACUUAAGGUACAAAAUACUAUGUGACACAGAAAAUAGAUGCUACCACACUGACAAGGGAGCUAAUCCUGACAUGAUCUCAACGCUUACCAGCAAAAAAGAAGAAACAAAUAGUUUACCACAGAACUUAGACUGUGAAAAUAUGACCGCAUCCAAAUUAGAUGAGUGUACUGGGUGUUCUAAAAAUAAAUGUGAAGAGGAAGACUGGAUGCUUGUCAGUCAUAAUGAUGGAGAAGGUGAUAGUUCAAAAACAAACAAGGAACCAGUUUUGGCUAAAAGAUUAAAAACCAAACAUUCAUAUGAUACAGCAGAUGAAAAACAUUCAAAUGAAGAUGAUUCAAAACCAUUGUGUUUUAUGUGUGACAAUGAAAGCAGAUUAAUGGAAGAAAGUCAGUUGUUGAGACAGGAUGAUGAAACAGAGACAUACCAUGGUAAAUGUCUACAGCUACAUCAUUUUCUGGAGAAGCAGUCAGCAGAAUACUUCAACAAACACAAAUUACCUGUCAAAGAUCUGAAGAGAUUUAUUGUAAUGGAUGUCGUAUUUCCAUGUAUUAGGAAAUCUAUCUGCUUUACCAAAAGGUAUGGUCACUAUAUGGAGGGAGCAGGAUCAAUUAUCCAGAUGUCAACAGAUACUGAGGAUGUUACUGGAGCAUGUCAGUUGAAAAAGGAGGCAGUAGAAAAGAAAAAUAACAAGAAUUGGGGAGAAAAAGAAAUAGCCAUAAUUAGAAAAUUACAACUGAGAUACUUCACUCCAAGGGAGAUAGCAAACCUUCUUUGUUUUCCAGAAACAUUUGAUUUCCCUGAAGAUGUUUCCACAAUACAGAAAAACAGAGUACUUGGGAACAGUCUAAAUGUACAUGUAGUAUCUGUCCUGAUUAGACUUCUGACAAUGUAGUACUUGGGAACAGUCUAAAUGUACAUGUAGUAUCUGUCCUGAUUAGACUUCUGACAAUGUAGUACUUGGGAACAGUCUAAAUGUACAUGUAGUAUCUGUCCUGAUUAGACUUCUGACAAUGAAAUAAUCAACAUCAGUGUACAUGUAGUAUCUGUCCUGAUUAGACUUCUGACAAUGAAAUGAUCAGCAUCAGUGUACAUAUGAUUUUCCUGUUUUGUGACAUAUUUGUGAAUCUUGUUUCAUUUGACUGCUGAAGUGAUUUUAAAAGUAGUCCUCAUAUAAGUAGGGUCUAAUCAACAGACUUGGUAUUCAUCCAAACAUUUGUUUAUUAUUUGUAGGAUCUGAUACAUCCGACUCUGUACUCAGCCAAACAUUUGUUUAUUAUUUGUAGGGUCUGAUACAUCAGACUCUGUACUCAGCCAAACAUUUGUUUAUUAUUUGUAGGGUCUGAUACAUCAGACUCUGUACUCAGCCAAACAUUUGUUUAUUAUUUGUAGGGUCUGAUACAUCAGACUCUGUACUCAGCUAAACAUUUGUUUAUUAUUUGUAGGGUCUGAUACAUCAGACUCUGUACUCAGCCAAACAUUUGUUUAUUAUUUGUAGGGUCUGAUACAUCAGACUCUGUACUCAGCCAAACAUUUGUUUAUUAUUUGUAGGGUCUGAUACAUCAGACUCUGUACUCAGCCAAACAUUUGUUUAUUAUUUGUAGGGUCUGAUACAUCAGACUCUGUACUCAGCCAAACAUUUGUUUAUUAUUUGUAGGGUCUGAUACAUCAGACUCGGUACUCAGCCAAACAUUUGUUUAUUAUUUGUAGGGUCUGAUACAUCAGACUCAGUACUCAGCCAAACAUUUGUUUAUUAUUUGUAGGGUCUGAUACAUCAGACUCGGUACUCAGCCAAACAUUUGUUUAUUAUUUGUAGGGUCUGAUACAUCAGACUCGGUACUCAGCCAAACAUUUGUUUAUUAUUUGUAGGGUCUGAUACAUCAGACUCUGUACUCAGCCAAACAUUUGUUUAUUAUUUGUAGGGUCUGAUACAUCAGACUCUGUACUCAGCCAAACAUUUGUUUAUUAUUUGCCAUGGUGUUUGAAUUGAUUGUGUCUUCCUUUGAAUCCAGCUGUGAUAAACUGAAUAAAAUUAUUAUUAUCAACCUUG